AUGCCACUUUUUGGCUGGAUGAAAUGGUCAAAAACUGACUCCUACAAGCCCACACACUGUUCUGGCUCAGACAUCGUGACAAAGACGCUGCUUCGCGAACUAAAGUGGCAUCUCAAAGAGCGAGAAAGAUUCAUACAAGAGAUUGAAAAUGAACAGAAAGUGAAAAGAACAGGUGUGGAUUACAACUGGCUUAAAAACCACCAGAAUCCCCAUGUGACUAUCCCAGCUACUGAACAAAGGCAACUUGAGGUUCUUUGCUCACAAGUUCAACCUUGCCAAACCGGAACAAUCCUCAGCAGGUUUCGAGAAGUUUUGGCAGAAAAUGAUGUCUUGCCGUGGGAAAUAGUCUACAUCUUCAAGCAAGUUCUAAAAGAUUUCCUAAGUAGCACUGACAAGGGAAGUCAGCGAGACGGUCUGGAGAGUUCGCGGCAAGCAAACUGUUCAGUUCAUUCUGCAGGCCCAGGGCAAAGUCCCAGGAGAUCAGACAAAGACGAAAUACCCACUAUCUCCAGUUUCGUAGACAAAAACACAAGGCACAGGUUCCCCACAUUCUCACAUCGAAUAUGGAACCUGCCAUACUACUACCCAGCCACUUGA